AUCGACGUCAAAAAUUAAUUUGCUCAACUUUGUACUCCUGUUUUUUUUGGUGUUUGCCGCAAAAUGUCUGCAAGUGAUUUCGAUAAAAUUGAAUCAGCUUUAAAUGAAAAAUAUGAGUCUGUGGUUAAGACUGCUUUGGAACAAUCAAAUAUUACGGACCUCAAAGACUUCUAUAAAGUUUACUACGACGAGAAAAAGGCAAUUGAUGAGGAGUGUGUGACCCCUACGAAAAAAACUCCGAAGCUAGAAAAUUUUGCUGAAGUUUUUAAACUUUUGGAUGUACAUCCUCCAAAUUUGCAAAAGACUAAGCCAAAGGUUCCGCCAAUGCGCGAGAGGGCUAACUCUACUAUAUCCCGUUCUUCUACAUCAUCUAUCAACGAUUUGUCUUCAAGUUUAAGCCAAAAGGAUUCCUCGACCAGUUCAUUAAAUUUGGCAACAAAGUAUGAGGAACCAACUGUCAAACCUUCUGAUACUUAUAAAAAUUUUAUUAUGUUUCAAAAACAACUAAAACAAGUUCAGCAAGAAUUGGAGCAACAAUCAGUUGAAAAAGGUUAUGAGGUAAAACUAAAACAGUUGGGUCACUUUUCACAGCAGCUGGAAAAACUCUUGCCUUCCGACAAGGUGGGUCAGCCAGCACUAACUCCUGAGGAGGAAAAAAUUCUUAGUGAGUUGGUGGAAAAAAUGGAUGAUUUAAAUUUUAUACGAACAAAUCAUGGAUUAUUUUGCCAACAAAAUAACCCAAUAUUUAAUAAUUCACAAAGAUUAGAUAAUGUUAUUGACAUACUUUCUCAUUGUUUAAUUUCUGUUAACUCAUUUAACUUAAAUGUGUAAAAAAUAAAUUAUGCGCUUCAACCGUAA